UAAACUAUUAUAGUCAGCUUGAAGUCUUGAACUAGUGUUAUAUUAUAAGUAUAUAGCAUGAGAUCUAGCAAUUCAAUCCAUUAUGUCAAAAUUAGUAAACUUGAAGAAACCAAAUAGCAGAGAGAGAAAGUGAGAAUACUCUCUUCUCUAAAACUCUAAUUCUUCAGAUUGCAACAUGUUGAAGGAACCUCUUUUAGGCACCUCAAAGGGUGGCCUAAAGACACUCCCUUUCAUUAUAGCAAAUGAAGCAUUUGAGAAAGUAGCAAGCUAUGGAUUAUUGCCAAACAUGAUAAUGUAUUUGAUGGCAAGUUAUGGGAUGGAAUUAGCAACUGGCUCCACUUUCAUAUAUUACUGGUCUGCUGCCACUAAUUUGGCACCUGUUAUUGGUGCUUUUCUUGCUGAUUCUUUUGUCGGGCGCUUUUGGAUGAUCGGUCUUGGCUCCAUUUUUAGUCUCUUGGGUACACUUCUCCUUUGGUUAACAGCUAUUAUCCCUGGUGCAAGGUCAUGUAAUGACUCUGGUUCCGAAUGUGUGUCCCCAAACUUCUUCCAACUUACACUUCUAGCAUUAUCUUUUGGCAUAAUGUCGAUUGGAGCUGGCGGCAUCAGAUCAUCUUCUGUAGCAUUCGGAACUGAUCAGUUGCUUAAGAGAGACAACUUUGGCAAUGCAGGCAUUCUAGAGAGGUUCUUCAACUGGUACUAUUUUGCUGCCUCUGCUUCAGUUGUCGCGGCACUGACUUUUGUGGUGUAUAUUCAAGACAAAUUUGGGUGGAAAGUUGGGUUCGGAGUUCCAGUUGUGCUUAUGUUAUUGUCUGCUAUAUCUUUCUUCUUGGCUUCUCCAUUGUACAUCAAGUUCAAAGCCGAGGCAGGGUCACCUAUCGCGUUCUCUCAAGUGUUAACGGCUUCAUGGAAGAAGAGACAUUUGAAAUUAUCCGAAAGGGAAGAUAAAUUGUACCUUAGGAGGAAAGACUCAACAUUGAUCAAGCCAAGUCAUAAACUAAGUUUCUUAAACAAGGCUUGCACUAUAGUUGGAAAUGCUGAGGAACAACUAACACCAGAUGGAAAAGCCAUAAACCCAUGGAACCUUUGUACCAUAGAAGAAGUAGAAGAACUAAAAGCUCUACUAAAGGUAAUGCCAAUAUGGUCAACAGGUGUUAUAAUGUCAGUAACUGCAACACAGACUCCUUUUAAAGUUCUACUAACCAAAACCAUGGAUCGCCAUAUCACCUCAAACUUUGAAAUUCCAGCCGGCUCUUUCUCUACUUUUUCCGUCAUCUCAUUAGUAUUAUGGAUCGCCAUCUACGAUCUUAUUGUCAUACCAUUAGCAACAAAACUGUUUGGAAAACGCGCUCAUCUAAGUGCUAGAACACGGAUGGGAAUCGGUCUCUUACUCUCAUUUGUGUCAAUGGUUGCAAUGGCUAUAAUUGAGUAUGUUCGACGUGAGACAGCUAUCAAGGAAGGAUUCUCAGAUAACCCAAACGGGGUAACACAUAUGUCCGCUUUAUGGUUAUUGCCACAUCACUGGUUUUCCGGCAUGGCUGAGGCUUUCUUUGUUGUGGGGCAAAGUGAGUUUUUCUGCUCGGAAUUUCCGAAAAGCAUGUUGAGUGUAGCAACAAAUCUUAACGGCGUGGGUAUGUCUUUGGCGAGUGUGUUUGCAAGUAUACUCUUGAAUGGCAUCAAUUAUAAUACAAGCAAAGAUGGACAAGAGAGUUGGGUAUCAAGCAAUAUAAAUAAGGCUCAUUUUGAUUAUUAUUAUUGGGUUAUAACUGCUUUGAGUCUGCUUAAUUUCUUCUAUUACCUUAUUUGUAACAAAGCUUAUGGUACCUCUUCGGACGAGCAAGACGACAACUUCAAUGAGGACACUGUAGAUGAAUGAAUUUAUCUCUUGUUUUUCCCUCCCCUUGGUUAAGGAACCGAUAUCAAGGAAAUCUGUAAUCUUAGAGAAAUAAUUAGCUCUAGUAAGAGUGUUAUCAUAAAUAAGGUGCAUGAUGCAUAACCUUUUGUAUCUUCGCGACUAGAUACCAUUUACAGUUCAAUUCAAUUUUUAUGUAUAUAUAAAGACCAAAGUUGCACACGCUA